AUGUUUUUUUAUAAAUUAUUGCUAAUUUUAAUAACAACAACAAUGUUAAAUGGUGAUAAAUUCUGCUCGAACGAUAGUGAUGUUACGAAUUAUUUGUUAAAAGAAACUAAAUUAAAUUACAAUCGUCAUAUAUUGCCGAAUCGACCAGUUGUUGUGCGCAUAGAAUUAUGGAUUCAAGAAGUCACUUCAGUUUCUGAACUUACGCAGGAUUUCGAAAUUGAUUUAUAUGUAAACGAAUUUUGGGAAGACCCAGCGUUAUCAUAUGAACUACUACGUCCGUGUAAAAUGAAUCUAAGUUUCGAUCAUAAUAUGCAAGAAAGUAUUUGGAUACCUAAUACUUCUUUUAUAAAUUCGAAAAAAGCUUUAAUUCACAGUUCGCCUUUCAAAAAUGUUUUUUUUAUGAUCUUUCCUAACGGAUCAAUAUGGUCAUGUUGGAGGAUCAAAAGUACGGGGCCAUGUAGGAUGGAUUUGACCAAAUUUCCUAUGGAUUAUAUUUCAUGCAUAUUAACAUUUGAAUCAUACAAUUAUAAUAAUAAAGAGGUGAAUAUGAAAUGGAACCAACCAUAUGCUGUACUUUUAUUUAAAGACAUUGAAUUGCCUGACUUUACUCUUGUUAAUUAUUCAAAUAAAAUUAUAGAAGCGGAAUAUGCAGCAGGUUCUUGGGAUGAAUUAACAGUUUCAUUCACGUUUAAAAGGCGUUAUGGAUGGUAUAUUCUGCAAGGAUAUAUUCCAACUUAUUUAACAAUAUUUAUAUCAUGGAUACCAUUUUAUUUGGGACCUAAAGCAAUGCCAGCUAGAACAAUGAUUGGCGUUAAUGCAUUAUUGGCUAUGACUUUUCAAUUUGGUAAUAUUAUAAGAAAUCUUCCUCGAGUAUCAUAUAUUAAGGCGAUUGACGUUUGGGUUUUAAGUGGAAUGACAUUCAUAUUCGCUUCAUUAAUAGAAUUGGCCAUGGUUGGUUUCAUGAGUCGUAAUGAAGGACAAAUAAUUAUUAGCCAAUUUCUCAAAAGGAAAAGGAAAUCAAUUUGUUUUGAUAGUGAAAAGUUAGACUUAUUCUCGAGAACUGCCUUCCCAAUCGCUUAUGCAAUAUUCAAUGUCGCUUAUUGGGGUUAUUAUAUGGGAGGAAAAUUUAUCUAA